AUGGGGAGCGUAAGACGGUCAAGUGACUACUGUUGGUUUGCUAUUUAUUUGUCGCUUCCACUGCUGUUUUUCGGAGAGCAGGCUGUGGCUGAAUUAAGGUAUUCUAUUCCAGAGGAGGUGAAAGAGGGGACUGUUGUUGGAAAUGUUGCGAAGGAUCUUGGUUUGGACAAAACAUCUUUGAUUGAACGACGGUUCCGUGUUGUGUCUGGAUAUAAGGAUACAUUUUUCGAAGUAAACCCGGACAACGGUGCUUUACAGGUCCGUAAGAAAAUCGACAGAGAGGAGCUUUGUCAGGGAAGUGGUGCAUGCUUAAUGGAGCUAAAAAUCCUUGUUGAAAAUCCACUGGAAAUGCACCAUAUCGUUGUAGAAAUCACUGAUGUAAAUGAUCACUCCCCUAGUUUUCCUGAAAAGCAACAGACAUUUGAAAUAUUUGAACAAACAUCUACAGGGACGCGAUUCCAACUGCACGCGGCCCGUGAUCCCGACGCAGGAAUGAACUCUAUCCGCACAUAUACAUUAAUGUCAAACGAUCACUUUGAAAUAGAUAUUAGUCAAAGCGAUGAAGAUAAAAUACCAUUUUUAGUGCUGAAAAAGUCCUUAGACAGAGAGCAAAACAAUAAACACUUAUUAUUUGUUACAGCAGUUGAUGGAGGUAAACCUCAAAGAUCAGGCACACUAAAUGUUUCCAUUAUUGUUCUUGACAGUAAUGAUAAUCGUCCGAUGUUUAGUCAAGAUACUUACCAAAUUGAAAUAUAUGAAAACGUUCCAGUUGGUACAACUGUUACAAGACUAAACGCAAUGGAUUCAGACGAAGGCACUAAUGGAGAAACAGAGUACAGCCUUAGUAAAACCUUGAGACGUAAUGUUUAUGACAUUUUUGAACUGGAUAGUUUAAGUGGAGAACUUAAAGUGAAAGGAAUCGUGGAUUUUGAAGAAUCAGAAAUCUAUAAAGUAGAUAUUGAGGCAUCGGAUAAAGGGCAACCUCCAUUAACAGGAAGAUGUAGAGUCGUUAUUAAAAUAAAAGACGUCAAUGAUAAUCCACCAGAAAUUGAAAUCACAUCACUGUCAAAUACAGUGUCUGAAGAUUCAAAGCCUGGCACUGUCAUUUCCCUCAUCAGUGUGACAGAUAAAGACUCAGGUGUCAAUGGAAAAAUUAUUUCACACAUAACAAAUAACGUGCCUUUUGAAUUAAAGCCCUCCUAUAAGGACAAUAUAUAUUCAGUUGUCACUAAGGGGUUUCUGGAUCGAGAGGAGGUGUCACAUUAUGAAAUAACAAUAAAAGCCACCGACUGUGGCGAGCCUCCCUUAUCGACUUUUAAAACCCUGAAUAUUCAAAUAUUGGAUGUGAAUGACAACAGACCACAUUUCGAAAAAAAAUCUUUAGAGUUUUACCUUUCAGAAAAUAACAUUGCUGGUACGUCAAUAUUCUCUGUAAGCGCUACGGACAAUGAUAUGAAUGACAAUGCAGCUAUUUCAUAUCACAUUGUUAGAGGAGAAAAUGGAAAUGAAAUGUCGUCUUUCCUAAACAUUAAUUCAGAUAAUGGACACAUCACCGCGCUAAAAAGUUUCGACUUUGAAACUCUGAAAACGUUCCAGUUCCAAGUUGUCGCCACAGAUUCUGGAACUCCGUCACUAAGCAGCAACGUCACAGUGAACGUGUUCAUUUUGGAUCAGAACGACAACGCUCCAGUCAUCCUGUAUCCAGUCAGCUCUAACGGUUCUGCUGAAGGUGUGGAGGAGAUUCCCCGCAAUGUGAACGCAGGACACUUGGUGACUAAAGUCAGAGCCUAUGACGCUGAUAUAGGAUAUAACGGCUGGUUACUCUUUUCACUGCAGCAAGUUACUGACCACAGUCUCUUUGGUUUGGACCGCUAUACAGGACAGAUCAGAACACUUCGCUCAUUCACAGAGACAGACGAGGCUGAGCAUAAACUGGUCAUAUUGGUCAAAGACAAUGGGAACGUUUCACUCUCGGCAACAGCUACUGUGAUUGUUAAACUUGUGGAGCCAAAAGAGGCUUUUGCAGCAUCUGAUGUUAAGAGUUCUGCAAAAGUUGACGAUGAAGACGAUGUUACAUUUUACUUGAUGAUAACUUUGGGCUCAGUUUCUGUACUUUUUCUCAUCAGUAUCAUCAUACUUAUUGCAAUGCAGUGUUCAAAAACCACAGACUAUACUUCUAAAUAUCUACAAGAAACAAAUUAUGACGGGACACUGUGUCACAGUAUCCAAUACAGAUCUGGAGAUAAACGCUACAUGUUAGUUGGACCCAGGAUGAGCAUAGGAUCUACUAUAGUCCCGGGAAGUCAUGCCAAUACACUGGUGGCUCCUGACAGGAGGAGAACAUCUGUAGAGGUAAGGCUUUAA